UAUAAAUAUAAAACGCAGAUUUUCCUCGUGCUCCACUACUGUUAACACGUUCAAAAAGAAUUCCAAAGUGACCAACUAGAAAUUCGUUAUGGAGAAACACCAUAUCGUCCUCUUUCUUGGUAUACUGGUGUUAGUAUUGACAAAAAUUGAGGGUAGGCCUUCCGCUUCCAUUGAAAAUGGAAUAUGGAAAUUCUACUCAACUCAAUCGUUGUUUCAGUCAAAAAGCUCCGAAGAAAUCGAUAAGUUGAGCCUCUUCGAGAAAAAUGGACUAUUGUCACAAAUCGGAGACGCAGUGGAGGCAGGAGUGAAUUCCGCAGAGAAAAACAUUGGAAAUGGCAUUAAGAUGGUACAUAAAGUCCUGAAGGAAAUUGUUGACCAGAUCGAGUCAGAUAUAGAAAACGGAGCAAACCUUGUGGUCAAAGUUGUUCAUGAUGUUGGAGAGGAGGUACUAAAAAGCUCUGAAGAACAUUCAGGCGAAAAUUCUGAUGAAUCAAAGCAAGAAGUCCCCAGUAAAAAUGUUCGUGUAAAAUUGACGAUAGGUGAAACUGGACAAGCAGGUGAAACCGCUAAGCCAACCCAACAAGAAACUACUACUAGCCUACCCAAAACAACCGAAUCAGAACAAACACCAGGUCCAGUUCCACCAAGUGCUAUUCGCAUAAAGUACAUUAUAGGUCCUGAUGGAAAGGCCAAACUACAAUGAAAUAUUGAUUUUUGAUUCAAAUCGAAAUAAAAUUGUAUUAUCACAAGAA